ACUCCACAGGAGCUUCAGAUAUGAAGACGAAAUGUCCUGCAGUUACUCCUUUCAGAUUCACGCUGAUCAUACUGUACAUCAUAUUUACAGCCUGGGUUUACACGCUUUACACAAGAUCCGUCAACUUCAGACAUCAUUUUCAGCGCGGUUUCUUAUACCCGAGGAUAAAAGGAUGGAAGUGGGUGGCGAUGGAUAACUUCACUAACUUUACUCAGACAUGGAGAGAAGAUAUCGACAUAAAAACCUGGGAAGAGUUCAAAAACCAUCCAACAGCUCUGAAGAAGACCACAACAGAAGACCCCAAAGAUCCAGGUCGUUCCACUGCUGGAAUCCAGAUAAAUAAAGCCCUAUUAAAUCAAACAGAACCCAAACCAUCCACCAUCCCACCAUCAGAUCAGAGAGCACUCACGGUGAUUCCCGUCAUGUUCAAGAAAAACUUUAAGAUGAUGCCUUACUGGGAAUUAAACGGUGUGUAUCUGAGAGGAGAAGAGGCAUUUCAGACGGUCUGUGCAGAAUCUUUGCGGAAAUCUAAGAAUGAAGACUUUCAGAAGGCCUUCAUUCCAAACAUUAAGAUGUAUCUGUACCAGAACCAGUUAAACCUGAGCGAGUGGAACCGAUUAUCUCACUUCAAUAAUCCUUUCGGCUUCAUGGAGUACAACUACACUGACAUUAAGAGUGCGGUGGAUCUGAUUCAGAAACCGAACAUCACUCAGCUCUUACCACUUCCUGCUAAUGAAUCCUGUAUUCGCUGUGCUGUGGUGGCUAAUGGCGGGAUCCUCAAUGGCUCCAAGAUGGGCAAGGAGAUAGACUCUCAUACGUAUGUGUUCAGGAUGAACGGUGCUGUUAUUGAAGGUCAUGAGGAAGACGUGGGGAACAGAACUUCAGUCUAUGUUCACACAUCCUUCUCCCUCAUAGCAUCACUAAUAGCAUACAGGAAGUACGGCUUCAAAAACGUCCCCAAUGAUGAGGGAAUUAAAUUUGUGAUGAUCCCUGAAGGACUGAGGGAUUUCAUAUUCCUGAAGGAUCUUCUGAACAGAAAAGCAGGUCCAGACAGAGACUUCAAGAAAAAGAAAAGGGCGUGGGCCUACUAUGGUGGUCAGUUUGAUGAGAGCAGAUUUUAUGUUCUCCAUCCAGAUUUCCUCAGAUACAUUCGCAACAGAUUCAUGACCUCUAAACAGCAGAAUGGGACAUACUGGGCCAUGUAUCGACCCACUAACGGAGCCUUCACCCUGUUCCUGGCCCUCCACGUCUGUGAUAUUGUUGAUGCAUACGGCUUUAUCACCGAGAACCAUAAGAGUUUCUCCAAUUACUACUAUGAGAAUAAAAAGACAGAAGUUGUUUUCUUCAUCAACCACGACUACAACCUGGAGAUCAAGCUGUGGAAGAAACUCCAUGAUGAUAAACUCAUCAGACUCUACCAGCGAGAGGGAGGACAGACCUGACGCUCAUCCUGAUUCAUCACUUCUUUACGUAAAGAGACACUUUUUAUAGAUUUCCUACAGAUCAAUUUACAAACUGAGCUUAGUUACUUUGAACAGGGUUCUAAACCUCCUGUCCUGUAGUUGGCAGCACUGCAGAAUUUCAAUGUUUUUAAUUGUGCAACCAACAGGAAGUGGAGUUAUGGGCAAAGUUGUACUUAUAACAUAUUGAGAAAUGAUAGAUUUACGUAUGUACUAAACGUAUGUUAAUAUUAUGCUUUCAUCAAAAGUUUGAAGGUAAACGUUGAUCAUACUUUUUUUAAUAUAGUGUAUUUAAAAAAUAGACUACUUUUAACUACACUUUUAGUUUAAUAUAAUUAUUAUAUAUAUUCUUCUAAAAUACUAAUUUCCAUAUAUACUUUUGUACAUCAUAAGCAAAGUGUGUUAAUAACAGCUGUUACAGUAGUUCACUUAAAAAGUACAAUGUAUCAUGAAACUUUUUAAAAAGUAAAUUAAAUUACUACAUUUGUAAAAUGUUUAAAAAGGUGUUACAUUAAUAUAACAGUUUAAAUGUAUUUCAAUGCUCCCAAAUUAUAUUUAGGAAAAUAUAAAUAUAAGUAAAUUAUAGGAUACAUUGUAAUUAUUAAAUAACACAUAUGAAUGUCAAAUAAAAAAAAAAUUAAGCAAAUUUGUAACACACUAAAAAUUGUAGUACAGUAUAUUCAAAUAUAUUUUUAUGCCCAACAAAGUAGUACACUAAUAGUGUGCUACUUACCAAAUAAAGGAACAAGAAGCAUAUUUGUACUUGUACUUGUGUAUAUUUGUACAUACGCACUAGUAAUUUGGGAAAAGCGUAUAUGUGUAAAGGCAGAGGCAGAGAGCUAAAACAGAACUAUAAACUAAUCGUUAUUUCCCCCCUUUACUAAACUCACUGUGUCGCUGCACUAAUAGGGAAGUUGGUCAUCUGCUUUUCAACUUUUCUUUUUUUUCAGUGAUGAACUGAAUUUUUUGUUGGCUUUUCUGUUUUUAUGCGCCAAAAAUCUGGAAAACACUUCCGAUACAUAUUUGUCAACAACAUCUAUUUUUUAUCUUUUUACAUUAGCUUUUAUUUUUACUGCUUUCUAUUAGAUCCUUCUUAUUAUAUAUUUACUAUAACUUUUUUAUUAUUACCUUAUUAUUAUCUUUUUUUUCUGUAGUUAGUUAUUUAUAUCUGUCUGGUUUUGAUUGUAUUAUUAUUCUAUCAUAAUUUUCAUUUUUGUUUUUUUGAUUAUUGUAUUUUAUUAGUGUUUAUUUUAAUUGAUUUUUUAUGUCUUGCUUUCUUGUGCUAUUUCUUACUGUCAUUCUCCCAUGGUAAAGCACUUUGAGCUGCAAUUUUAUGAAUGAA